AUGUGUGUCCUAAAGCUACCAGUAGUGAUCCUUGUGCUCUUUGUGGCAUUAAACCAUCUGAAAGCUACCCCCAUUGAAAGCAUUACCAAUCACCAGAUGGACAAACGGAAAUGCAACACUGCCACAUGUGCAACACAACGCCUGGCAAAUUUUUUAGUUCGUUCCAGCCACAACCUUGGUGCCAUUCUCUCAACUACCAAUGUGGGAUCCAAUACAUAUGGCAAGAGGAAUGCAGCUGAGGUUUUAAACAGAGAACCAUUGAAUUACUUACGCCUUUAG